GGUCCACAAGGCUCUGCGCUUCCCCUUUCACCCUUAGAACCUGCUGGAGCGGCCGAGUCACAGGCACGGGGGGCAAACAGGCCUCAAAGGCAAUCUCCUCCCCCCCCCCUCCAGGCCCCCAUCCAGACAGGACGCCAUGCCCCUCCUUCUCCUUUGGCUCCUCCUCCUUCUGGAGCACCUGCCUUGGUCUGAUUCAAAUACUUGGGACCAGCCCUGGACAGUUGAGGUCCCCAAAACCCUCUACUCCUGGGAAGGCGUGUGCCUGUGGAUUCCAUGCCGGUUCUCCAUCCCCAAGUUCAGGUCGACCCUGGAUAAUCUGAUCCUGUUGCAUGAUUACGAGUUCGAUGAUGUCACCAAGGAGUUUAAUGGGACCGUCCUCUACAAAAACGCGAAGCCUGGGAUGUUCCCCCCUGAGCAGGGGAGGACCCACUUCCUGGGAGACAAAGAUAAGAACUGCACCCUGAGUCUCGACUCCGUGUCAAUACAGGACAGCGGCCGGCUGGGGCUGAGGCUGACGUCAGGGCCCAAGUUAAAAUGGAUGGAGAAAUUUUCUCUCAAUGUCUCCAAGACGCCUCUCCCACCUCGGAUCCAGCUCCCCACGGAAAUCAGGGAGUCACAGCCCCUCACUGCAACCUGUCUGCUGGAGUUUGCUUGCCCCGGGUACCCCGUCCAGCUGUGGUGGUCGCAGGAGGGCUCUGCUCACACCUCUGUCUCCCUCUCCGUCCAGUCCAUCUAUACCCGCAGCGAUCUCACCUUCCAGGCCCAGUGGACUGACCACGGGAAGACGCUGACCUGCCAGGUCAGGAAUUUCUCCACCAUCCUCUCUAAGGACUCUGUGAAGCUGUGCGUGAAACACACCCCGAAAUUGAACAUCAGUAUCAGCCCCCAUGAAGCCACCGUCAAGGAGGGGGAGUUGGUGACCAUGACGUGCCAGGUGGCCAGCAGCUACCCCGAGUACACGGCCUUGUCAUGGCUGAAGGACGGGGUCCCCCUAGAGGGACAGGGCGCCCUCACGCUGGUCCUGGACUCCGUCACCAGGGCCAUGGGCGGGAAGUACCAGUGUCAGGCAACCAAUGACGUGGGUCUGGGGCUGUCGGAGGAGCUGACCCUGCGCGUGCUGUAUGCUCCAGAACCUUCCACGGUGCACAUCCACCCAUCACCAGCUCAGGAGAGCACGUCGGUGGAGCUGGUGUGCGCGGCCUCUGCCAAUCCCCCGGCGAGGAAUUUCAGCUGGUUCCACAACGGGGCAGCCCUGGCGGGGGAGACCGGGGAGAAGGUCCACUUCCCCAGCGUCCUCCCCCGCCACGCCGGGGCCUACGCCUGCCUGGCGUACAACAGCCUGGGGUCAGGAGGGAUGGGCUCCCCGGCCGAGCUGGACGUGCAAUAUGCUCCCAAGAUGGUGGAAGCCGUGGUGGAGAACACCGCUGAGAUCCGGGAAGGGGACCCCGUGACCCUGUCCUGCCACUACAACUCCAGCAACCCCCAAGUCUCCCACUUCGAGUGGCGCCCCCGUGGCCCCUGGGAAGAGCCCAUCCCAGGGGUGCUGACCAUUCCCAGGGUGGCCUGGGAUGCCGGGCCCAUGGCGUGUGCCGCGUGUAACCAGUGGUGCUCGUGGGCGGUGCCUGUCAACUUGGACGUCCAGUACGCCCCGCGUGGCGUGGAGGUGCGGCAGAGUCCGCUGGGGGAGCUGCAUGCGGGCCAGCGCGUGCUCUUGCGCUGCAGCGUGGACAGGGCCCAGCCUGAGGCCGUGCAUGUGCUGUGGAUGAGGAACGGCAGCCGCGUGGCCGAGGGGUCCCAGCUGGUCCUGGCCGCCAUCACCCCCGAGGACGCGGGCGACUACAGCUGCGAGGCCAGCAAUGCCGUGGGCCCCGCAGUGUCCAGGGCCCAUGCCGUCCAGGUUCUGUACGCUCCGCGAAGGCUGCGCGUGUCCAUUAGCCCCGAGGCCGGCGUGGUGGAGGGCAGGAAGGUCUCCCUGACGUGUGAGAGCGACGCCAACCCCCCGGUGUGGCAGUACGCCUGGUUCCACGGCGACAGUCAGCAGCUCCAGUUCUCCGGCCCGACGCUCAGACUGGAGCCUGCCCAGGUCCAGCACUCGGGGCCUUACUGGUGCCAGGGUGCCAACAGGCUAGGCAUCGGCCGCUCGCCCCCCCACACCCUCACCGUCUACUAUAGUCCGGAGACCAUCGGGAGGCGAACAGCCGUCGGCAUUGGGGGCUGCAUAACCCUCCUCAUCUUGGCCAUUUGGGGGAUAAAACUUCGGCACAAAUGGAAAAGGAGCCAGAGCCAGCAGGGGCUUCAGGAAGGUUCCAGCAAUCAGAGCUUCUUUGUGAGGAAUAAAAAGGUGCGGCACGCCCGCCGCUCCGAAGGCCCCCCAUCCACGGGCUGUUUGAACCCCAUGAUGGAUGACGAGGUCAGCUACGCCGUCCUGCGUUUUCCGGAGGCCGACACACCGAGGCAGGGGGACCUCGGCACCGCGGACGCCAAGGCCCCAGAAUGUCUCCUGAUGGGGGACGAGGCGGUCACAUAUUCUGUGCUUCAGAGGCCUCUGGUGGGCGACUACGAGAACGUGGGGAAGGCGGCGGGGGCGCCGGGGGCGCGUGCGGAGGAGCGCACCGGGGAGGACAGCGUGCACUACUCGGAGCUGGUGCUGUUCGGCGCUGGGGAGCGGCGGCCGCGGCCGGAGGAGGUGGACUACGUGACCAUCGCCCAGAGCUGACUCCGCCGCGGCCACUGGCGGGCCGCCCAGGGGCUGCGCACGCACACAUUCACGCACACGCAUGCCCGUGUGUGUGUGCAGGCACGCACAGAUACACGCACACAUGUGCAGUAUAUGCACAUUCACGCACACGCAUGCC